UUAGAAACCACCAUACCAUUUAUCUGGGUGGAGAAGUGGAAUGGAGCAAACCCAGCUGCUAACCAGGAAAUAAGCUUGCUGGUUUUCCCUCAAAAGAAUACCAAUGUGUGAAGCUCAUCUUCAGCAUGAAGAUGUUUAAAUUGUACUUUAAAGGUUUUCAGUUCCCUCUGCUCCUCCCCCUCUAUUGGAUCCACUGACUCGAACAGCCUCCAACAGGACUCUGGACUUUGCACUGUCAGUGCAUGGCAACACAAUGGAGGAUGCAAAGCCAGUGAGAACAUUCCCUUUGAUUUCCAAGGCAAUGAGAAGAUAGCUGUCCCCCCACCUCCUCCCAGCACAGAGAAGAAGAAAGGAGCUAAAUCUGCAAGGUGACAAAGCCUCUGGUGGUACUGAGACCCCAGGACUAUGAGAUUGAGGUCUGCAGAAGGCACUACUGAGGAGGUGACUCCUCCCCUCCAGCAAUGCUUCAUGAUCCCCAAAAAGGAGAUAAACAUGGUUUCUGACAUGGCCAAGUGGAAGCGUUCUCAGGCAUAUGCAGAUUACAUGGGCUUCAUCCUCACUCUGAAUGAAGGUGUCAAGGGCAAGAAGCUGACCUGCGAAUACAAGGUUUCAGAGCCCAUUGAAAAGCUGGUGGCUCUCCUGAACACCCUCGACAGAUGGAUUGAUGAAACCCCGCCAGUGGAUCAACCCUCUCGCUUUGGGAACAAAGCCUUCAGGACCUGGUAUGCCAAACUAGACCAGGAAGCAGAGAAGUUGGUGGCAACAGUGAUUCCCAAGCAUUUGGCUGCUGCUGCACCAGAAGUGGCUGUGUACUUGAAGGAAUCCGUGGGGAAUUCCACCCGCAUUGACUAUGGCACAGGUCACGAAGCUGCAUUUGCAGCCUUUCUCUGCUGCCUCUGCAAAAUUGGUGUGCUCAGAAUGGAUGACCAGAUGGCCAUUGUCUUUAAAGUAUUUAACAGGUACCUUGAAGUGAUGCGAAAACUUCAGAAGACCUACAGGAUGGAGCCUGCUGGCAGCCAGGGCGUGUGGGGCUUGGAUGACUUCCAGUUUCUACCUUUCAUAUGGGGCAGUUCCCAGCUGAUAGACCAUCCAAGUCUGGAGCCUCGACACUUUGUUGAUGAGAAGGUGGUAAAUGAAAACCAUAAGGACUUCAUGUUCCUGGAGUGCAUCCUGUUCAUUACAGAGAUGAAGACGGGUCCCUUUGCUGAGCACUCCAACCAGCUCUGGAACAUCAGCGCCGUGCCCUCCUGGUCCAAGGUCAACCAGGGCCUCAUCCGCAUGUACAAGGCAGAGUGCCUGGAGAAGUUUCCUGUGAUCCAGCACUUUAAGUUCGGCAGCCUGCUCCCCAUCCAGCCUGUGACGUCCUAAGGAGGCCGCAGGAGGAGCGGAGGCAACGGAGGCAUAGCGCGGCGCUCUUCCUCCUCCCCUCACCCCCACCUCAUCACCGUGCCCGUCACACGCAGCCCAUUCAUUCCUGCACAUCCUCAUCAGCAACCACAGAUCCAAAGCACUCGCUGGCCUUGCAUGGGAGAUGGGACACGGAGCAGCUCCUCCUGCACGUCCCCAGCACGUGGAUGUGUCGCCAGCGCCCAAGCCGGGGCUGUGCUUCGCUCUGCUGCGCCCGCGGGCAGUGUGGCUGCUGUGAAUGGGGUUUGAGUAGGGGCUGCCUUGUAGCAAAGACCCUCUGCUUCUCGUGGUUGGAGGGGGGGUGUGUGGAGGGGAGGAAGGCACGUGUGUAUGUGUCGGGCGGUGGUAACUGCAAUUUCCCUUUUGAAUUUCA